AUUUGUUUCGAAAGUAACAACAUCAAAUACAACAACAUCAACAUCUCCGAGUAAAGCAAAAUUAUCUAAGAGAAACCAAACUACAUCUUCAACCAGACCGGAACAAAAAUCAACAACAAAAAUAACAAAAACUUUAACAGAAACAACGUCACCACUGCCAAUAGUUAAAUCAAUAACAACAACAACAACACCAAGAACGACACCUUCAGCUAGGUCAACUUCAAUAACAGCAUCGAAAAGAACAAUGAUGACGUCAUCAAUGAAAACAGCGAGAGCAACAACGAGAAAAAUACUGACACCAGCAGUUACAACUAUGAGUUCAGUACAGCAAAACUCAGGCAUGGAUGGGGACCCAGAACGACCAGUAUGGCUCUCCUUCACGGAGUAUAGAAUAAUUAGCUGUGUUUCUGUGGUUGUUAUUGGAGCCAUUGGUUUGUGCUGUAAGACAUGUUUUGGUCUGCUUGCCAAACGCAGCGAUGAUGAUGACGACGAAGAAGAAGAAAAACACCGACGAAAAAUGUACAACAAAGCUAGAAAGGCAUUCGGACCUCCAGUUAUCAGACCGAUGUAUAUCGAACUUCGAAAGACAUGAGCUCUCAAAAUCAAAUGAAGACAUCGAAGAAUAAUACAAAUUACAAAUUGUUCUUUUGAAUAAAGAU